CUGCUCCAAUUAAAAUUCUUCGGUUGGCUUCACUGCGCACGUAUUUAGCACUUUUCCGCCCUUCUGCCUUUCUUUGUGAUAAUGUCGGCUCAACAUGAACAUAGACCUAGAGACAAUGGCCCCGAGGGCAUGGAGCCAGAUGGAGUCAUUGAGGGCAACUGGAAGGAGAUUGUCGACAGUUUUGAUGACAUGAACCUGCGUGAGAAUCUUCUCAGGGGAAUAUAUGCCUAUGGUUUUGAGAAACCUUCUGCCAUUCAGCAGAGGGCCAUUCUCCCUUGUAUCAAGGGGUAUGAUGUCAUCGCUCAGGCUCAGUCCGGAACGGGGAAGACAGCCACGUUUGCCAUCUCCAUCCUGCAACAGAUUGAUAUUGAGCUGAAGGGCACUCAAGCCAUGGUCCUGGCCCCAACCAGAGAGCUUGCUCAACAGAUCCAGAAGGUGGUUCUUGCCCUUGGAGACUACAUGGGUGCUACCUGCCAUGCCUGCAUUGGUGGCACCAACGUCCGUAACGAGGUGCAGAAGCUCCAGGCUGAUGUGCCCCACAUAGUGGUUGGAACCCCUGGGCGGGUCUUUGACAUGCUUAACCGACGCUAUCUCUCUCCCAAAUACAUCAAGAUGUUUGCAUUGGAUGAAGCUGAUGAGAUGUUGAGCCGAGGAUUCAAGGACCAAAUCUACGAGAUUUUCCAGAAGCUGUCAACUGACAUUCAGGUGAUUCUGUUGUCGGCCACCAUGCCCCAGGAGGUGCUGGAUGUCACCACCAAGUUCAUGCGAGACCCUGUAAGGAUCCUGGUCAAGAAAGAGGAGCUGACCCUGGAGGGUAUUCGUCAGUUCUACAUUAACGUGGAGAGGGAGGAGUGGAAGCUGGACACUCUGUGUGAUCUGUAUGAGACACUGACCAUCACUCAAGCUGUUAUCUUCAUUAACACUCGCCGGAAGGUGGAUUGGCUGACUGAGAAGAUGCAUGCCAGAGACUUUACAGUCUCUGCUUUGCAUGGAGACAUGGACCAGAAGGAGAGAGAUUUAAUCAUGAAGGAGUUCCGCUCUGGCUCCAGUCGUGUCCUCAUCACCACUGACCUGCUGGCUCGAGGCAUUGAUGUGCAGCAGGUUUCCCUGGUUAUCAACUAUGAUUUGCCCACAAACAGGGAGAAUUACAUCCACAGGAUCGGGCGCGGUGGCCGUUUUGGUAGAAAGGGUGUUGCUAUCAACAUGGUGACUGAGGAUGACAAGCGCACGCUCCGGGACAUUGAGACCUUCUACAACACCACCGUGGAGGAGAUGCCCAUGAAUGUGGCUGACUUGAUCUGAAAACAUCUUUCCACUCCUUUCUUCCCCCACUUCAUUUCUUUGUCUCCUGUUUGUCUGGACUUGUAUAUGCUCCUUUCCCCUCUAAAUCCACCACUCUGCCCCAAUGAUUAUCACUGUUCACAGCAAGACAUUAUAAAAUCUGCAUCAUGGGUGUCUUUGAAAAGACUUUCUUGAGUGUUCUUUUUAGCAUUUAAAGAUGAUUGAUUCAUUUGGAGUGAGCCUUGUGCAGUGACGUUAUCCCUAUGACAUGUUCCAUCCACCUAUUUUAUUGUUCUGUAUAUUUGUAUCUAUUGACUAAAGAGCUGAGCACCAAAUGGUUGAAGUGGACCUGUUUAUUUGACUUUCCAUUUUGCCAUAAAUUGUGGCUGCUCUAAUAGUUUAUGGAAAAGUAUGGCAGAAAAUAUAAGGUGAUGAGUGUGAAACUCUCAUCUUGCUCAGCCAGGUAUUUGGGUAUAGAUCUGUCUUGCAUUCAAAGUAUUAACUCUUCUGUGCUUUCAGGGUGGAGUGUGAGCCUUUGUGCUUUUUUUUUUUUGCAGUGCUUGAACAGAAACACUGCCAUCACUUCUGUUAGAAAUUGCUGAAUCAAUAAGCGUUGUAUUACCGGACAUGAUUUUUACAUCUUAAUCUUGUAUAGUGCCAUUUUACAGUAGCAUUUUCUUCUAAAUAGACAUUUCUCAUUUCACCCAUGCCACACAUGGCUAGGUGUUGGGACAUUAUCACCACAUAGUGUAUUGUAUAGAAUCUGUGUAAGUCCUGUAUUGAGGAGUGUUGCUCCAGUAACCUACCUCACCAAAAGAGAUUGGAGGGGUCUUUAAAGGACCAAACUACAAAUGAUUAUGUAGAGAUUCUAACGUUACUUUUUUUUUUUUCUUUUUUUUUUUUUUUUUUUUUUUUUUUUUUUUUUUUUUUCUCCUCUGGUUUAAAAAGCCUGUCUUGUGGAGUGGGAAUGGAGGGUUGGCUGUGCAGUUUACAUUGCUCAGUGCUGUUUUUUUAAAUGAAUUUAUUAAAAUGUGAUAACCUUUUUCAGACAGAAGCCGUGUAUUAAACUUUUUCUACAUUGGAUUCUGUAUAGUAUUUAUUUUAAUUUUCUUAAAUAAAGGUAUUUCUUUUUAACAAGUCAAA